AUGGCGUUCUCCUGGAGCACCGCCGCCUUGGCCAUCCGAUCCGCCCAGCUCCUAUUUGCCUUCAUCCUCUUAGGUCUCACGGCCUACGUGGUCCGUUGGUAUAAUGAGGACACGAUGACCGCGUCUCCGUCCCAGUUCAACUGGCCGCUAGCCGCGUCAGUCAUCUCGAUCGUGUCCGCGCUCUACCUCGAGCUGGCCCCUCGAUUCGCCCCCAAAGCAACCCAACCGCUCGCCUCGUUCGGCCUCGAGGCCGUAAACGCGCUCUUCCACUUCUCCGCCUUCGUCGCGCUCGCCGUCUUCAUGAGCCGGCUGCUCUUCUGCCGCGGCAGCGUCUGCUCGUCGGCCCAGGCCAGCGUCGCCUUCGGCGCCGUCGAGUUCCUCCUCUGGACCGCCUCCGCCGCCAUCGCCGCCCGGGAGGCGUUCCGCGGCGGCCUGUCCUUCCGCCGCAGGCCCGGUUCCGCGCCCGAGAUGGCCCAGGCGUCGCCCUAG